AUGAGCUUCAGCAUCGAGGAGAGGGGCCGGCCCAACACCCAGGACCACCGGGUGUUCUUCAAAAACUCUGAGGGUGAAUACAUCUCUCCGUUCCAUGACAUUCCCAUCUACGCAAAUGAAGCUGAGGACAUUUUUCACGCUGUUGUGGAGGUUCCAAGGUGGACUAAUGCAAAGAUGGAGAUUGCCACCAAAGAUCCACUGAACCCACUGAAACAAGACCUGAAGAAGGGGAACCUCCGUUACGUAGCCAACGUGUUUCCUCACAAAGGUUACAUCUGGAAUUAUGGAGCUAUUCCUCAGACGUGGGAAGACCCCAACCACAAGGAUGGCGACACAGGAUGCUGUGGAGACAAUGAUCCUAUUGACAUAUGUGACAUAGGGAAUAAGGUGUGCACACAAGGGGAAAUAAUCAAGGUUAAGGUUUUGGGAACUUUGGCUUUGAUCGAUGAGGGUGAAACAGACUGGAAGGUCAUUGUCAUCAACACCGAGGACCCAGAGGCCGCCGAUUUCAACAGUAUCGAAGAUGUGAGAAAACUUAAGCCUGGAUACCUGGAGGCAACGGUUGAUUGGUUCAAGAGAUAUAAAGUCCCAGAUGGGAAACCGGAAAACCAAUUUGCUUUCAAUGGAGAGUUCAAGGACAGGGACUUUGCCAUCAACACAGUGAAGAGCACCCAUGAGUUCUGGAAGGCUCUAAUCUCUAAGAAGACCAGUGCUGGCAAUUUAAACUGCAUGAACACCAGUGUGUCUGACAGUCCGUUCUGCUGCUCCGCUGGCGAGGCCGAGGCUGCGGUUAAAUCUACGUGUGCUCCUGGACCUGAAGAUCCUGUUCCAAGUUCAGUUGACAAAUGGUUCUACUAUGAGAAGUAG